GGGACUCCGAUGAUGAAGGGAGGCACUCAGAGUCGCAGAGGGAUUCUUGACCUUUCUUUAAACUCCCAUUAAAACACUUGAUUAAAGAAAGAUGCAUCUAUUUCAAUUUUCAGACCCAUAACUGAUGUACGAAAUGGGAAGCAAUUCGGCUGUAGAAGAAGACGAAACACAGCACAUAAUCCAGAUUCACGAUGUAAAUACCGAUCGUCUGGCAUCGAUGCACAAGAAAAUCGCAGAGCCACCGCGAUUACUAAGUGCCUCAGCCGGUCGGAACUCUUGUUGCAUCUUCAGAGUCCCACAGAGUCUGGUGGACGUAAACGGCAAGUCCUAUCAACCCCAAAUCGUCUCUAUAGGCCCAUAUCACCGCGGACAAGCUUGUCUCAAGAUGAUUGAGGAACAUAAAUGGCGAUAUUUAGGAUCUCUGCUUUCUCGGAUACAACAAAACAGAGGAUUAGGCCUUGAACACUUGUUUAAGGCUGUCAAGCCAUUAGAAUUGAAAUCCAGAGAAUGUUAUUCAGAAAUCCUCCAUCUCAGCUCGGAUGAAUUCAUCGAAAUGAUGGUGCUUGAUGGGUGUUUCAUAAUCGAAUUGUUCCGUAAAGUGUACGGAAAGGUUGUACAAUUUGAAGCUUAUGAUCCUCUAGUCACCAUGUCAUGGAUACUCCCAUUUUUCUGGAGGGAUUUUCUUCGUGUGGAGAACCAGAUUCCAUAUUUCGUUCUCGAAUCGUUGUUUGAUGUAUCAAAAUUGCCUGCAGAGGACUCUGGCCCUUCCCUUUCAAUCCUCGCUCUGGAAUUCUUUAACUAUGGGAUUCAAAGACCAGACGAAGAAAUUUCAAAGCAGUCCGACCUCAAAGGAAGGCACUUGCUCGAUUUGGUUCGAUCAAGUUUUAUCCCAUCUGGUCUUGACGAAUCAGAAAAAAUCAACACCCCAACCCACAUAAUCUACUCUGUAUCCAAGCUUCGAAAAUCUGGGAUCAAGUUCAAACUCAUCAAAGCUGAAAGCUUUUUAGUGAUCAAUUUCAGGCGCGGCGUGAUCGAGAUGCCAUCGAUAACAAUCGACGACUUCAUGAGCUCAUUUCUGACAAACUGUGUUGCAUACGAGCAAUGCCAGAGUUGCUCUUCCAAGCAUUUCACAACUUACGCAACUCUGCUAGACUACAUCGUUAACACUUCCAAGGAUGUCGAGUACUUGAGUGACAACAACAUUAUUGAGAAUUACUUCGGUACUGAUGCGGAACUUGCCAGAUUUAUGAACAAUUUGGGGAAGGAUGUGGCUUUUGACAUCAACAGAUGCUAUCUGUCUAAACUGUUCCAAGAUGUGCACGAUUAUUAUCGAAGUAGUUGGCAUGUUCAAUGGGCGAGCUUCAAGUAUACAUACUUCAGUUCUCCAUGGUCGUUCAUAUCGGCUUUGGCUGGAUUAAUAGUCUUGGUACUCACCAUGGCACAGACCUACUACACCAUUUACUCUGUCUAUGCAUAAUAUAUGUAUAUAUAUAUAUAUAUAUCAUAUUGCUCCAAUGCCUACGUAUAUUCAUUGCAGAUUUGUUUGCUAAAAUCUUAGCUUAAGAGCUAUGUCUUCAUACUUCAAUUUUAGGGUCCGAGGGAACUGGUUUAAGAAAACCUAGCACAGCACACAUUGAACAAACACUGAAACUGUGAAACUGGAAGAGAUAGAGUCGUGUAUGGUAUUGAGAGAAUUGUGUAUUAUUUACGUCUAUGAUGAUAAUACAUAUAAGAGAAGGAAUU